ACAUGUAUGUGUACAGGGAGAAUUCCAUGUGAAUAUGAAGAUGGCUAUCUGCAACGCAAGGAGAGUGGUCUGGAACAAAUCUUCCUCCAUAGCCUUCAGAUGGAACUAAUCCUGACAACAUGCUGAUUUCAGGUGUCCAGCCUCCAAAACUGUACCUCUAUAUUUGGAAUCUUAUUUGGGGCAAUGAACAGGUCACUUCACAGAUGAGAUGGGGAGAUAUGAGAUGGAACAUAGGUCUCUACCAUGUUCCUCUCAUUCCCUGCACAUAAAUCCCAACAGAGAGAGAUCUAGUGAGAACAGAGGUAUUAUAACUGCACUGGUAUGUUCAGACUCCGGAUCCAUCAGUUCUUAGUUGCAUGCCCUUGGAUAUCAGAGUUUAAGAUGAUUAAAAGGAAUGUUUCAAGGCAAAUUAUUCUUGGGGACAGUCGACAGACUAUCAGGGCCUGUCCCACUGGUGGGAUUUGUGCCAACUCUGAAGAAAUGUUAGUCAUGUGGUUUUCAGAAGAUGAAAGCUUAAGAUAAAGCCCAAGAAUGUUUGAUGCUGGAGGUGGGACUCAUAUUAUAUAGGUCUCAGCCAAAACAUGUGAUAGUCACUGUAGGGGUAGCUGGAAAGAGAAGUGCGUGGCUCAAUUAACUGGCUCAAGCCGAUCUGUGAGGUCUAGGGGAAGAAUGCUCCUGGCUGCUUUGUGCUUCCUGCUCUGGAGUUUUCGGACCUCCACCGGCCAUUUCCCUCGAGCCUGUGCCUCCUCCAAGAGCCUGAUGGAGAAGGAAUGCUGCCCACCGUGGAGGGGUGACGGGAGUCCCUGUGGCCAGCUUUCAGGUAGGGGUGCCUGUCAGAAUAUCGUUCUGUCUAAUGCCCCCCGUGGGCCUCAGUUCCCCUUCACAGGGGUGGAUGACCGGGAGUCUUGGCCCUCAGUCUUUUAUAAUAGGACCUGCCACUGCUUUGGCAACUUCAUGGGAUUCAACUGUGGAAAUUGUAAGUUUGGCUUUUGGGGACCAAACUGCACAGAGAAACGACUUUUGGUGAGAAGAAACAUCUUUGAUCUGAGUGUCCAAGAGAAGAACAAAUUUCUUGCCUACCUUACUUUAGCGAAGCAUACCACCAGCCCAGACUAUGUCAUCCCCACAGGCACCUAUGGCCAAAUGAACAAUGGAUCAACCCCCAUGUUUAAUGACAUCAACAUUUAUGACCUCUUUGUCUGGAUGCAUUAUUACGUGUCAAGGGACACACUGCUCGGAGGGUCUCAAGUCUGGAAAGACAUUGAUUUUGCUCAUGAAGCCCCAGGUUUCCUGCCUUGGCACAGACUCUUCUUGUUGCUGUGGGAACAAGAAAUCCAGAAGCUCACUGGGGAUGAGAACUUCACCAUUCCAUAUUGGGAUUGGCGAGAUGCUAAAGGUUGUGACAUUUGCACCAAUGAGUACAUGGGAGGGCACAACCCAGCAAACCCUAACUUACUCAGCCCAGCAUCAUUCUUCUCCUCUUGGCAGAUCAUCUGCACCCGCCUGGAGGAGUACAACAGCCGGCAGGCUUUAUGCGACGGAUCUCCCGAGGGACCACUACUGCGCAAUCCUGGAAACCACGACAAAGCCAGGACCCCAAGGCUCCCCUCCUCUGCUGAUGUGGAAUUCUGCCUAAGUCUGACCCAGUAUGAAUCCGAUUCCAUGGAUAAAGCUGCCAAUUUCAGCUUUAGAAAUACACUGGAAGGAUUUGCUAGUCCACUCACUGGGAUAGCAGAUGCCUCUCAAAGCAGUAUGCACAAUGCCCUGCACAUCUAUAUGAAUGGAACAAUGUCUCAGGUACAGGGAUCUGCCAACGAUCCUAUUUUUCUUCUUCACCAUGCCUUUGUUGACAGUAUUUUUGAACAGUGGCUCCGAAGGCACCAUCCUCUUCAAGAAGUUUAUCCAGAAGCCAAUGCACCCAUUGGACACAACCGGGAAUCCUACAUGGUUCCUUUUAUACCUCUGUAUAGGAAUGGUGAUUUUUUUAUUUCAUCCAGAGAUCUGGGCUAUGAUUAUAGCAACCUACAAGAAUCAGAACGGGACAUUUUUCAGGAUUACAUAAGGCCCUACUUAGAACAAGCAAGUCGAAUCUGGCCAUGGCUCACUGGGGCUGCUGUGGUGGGCUCGGUCCUCACUGUUGUGCUGGGAGGGAUCACUCGUCUAUUGUGUCGUCGUCGCAAGAGAAAGCAGCUCCAUGAAGAAAAGCAGCCACUCCUCAUGGAAAAGGAGGAUUACCACAGUCUGUUGUAUCAGACCCAUUUAUGAAAGGAUUAGGUGAUAAAGUAAGGCCAACAAGGCCCUCACUUUAAAUCAAAUGAUG